AUGAAGCUGAUCUUCAUCCUCGCUCUGCUGGCAGCCAAUGUGCUGGCCAGUGACAAUGCCCCAGAUCUGUUCAACCGACAAGCCGGAAAUUCCAACUUUACCUCGAUCCCUGCCACUUCUACCACCGUCCCUACCACCACGGCGUUGUCAAUUCCAACCUCGUCCGUCGACCCAACUACGACCUCUCUGCCUACUUCAUCUGAUGAUAGUCUGUCGACGUCUCUGCCGUCCAGUACUUCUUUGGACGAAAACACUUCCUCAUCCUCUUAUGCGUCGUCUUUCACGACAUCUGCAUUGCCUUCGUCAUCUAGUAGCAGUUCAUUCACAACAACGACUAGUUCCUCAUCAUCCUCGACAUUGACGACGAGCUUGCUACCCACUUCCUCUUCCGUUACAUCGACCUCAACCUCAACCUCAAGCUCGACCUCCUCAACCUCUUCGACCUCCUCAACCUCGUCCUCGUCCUCGUCUUUAACAUCAUCGUCAUCCUUAUCGACGUCAACUUCUACCACAAGUUCUACAACUUCAUCCACCACGUCUUUCACAACAUCGACAUACCAGCAGACAACCACGCUACCCAAUGGCAGCUUGAGCACCGUCACCGCCGUCACAGUGGUUGUAGCUACCGAUGCAGCCAAAACUUCAACCAGCUCUGCCACCGCAACUGGAGCAACCUCGACACCUCAGUUGCAGACCGCCGGUGCUUCUGCUCCGUCUAGUAGCAUAGCGAUGGGGAUGUGCGCCAUGCUCGCUGGUGCAGCUGCCGUUGCCAUGUCAAUAUCGCUCUAG